AGCAGCUCAGUCAAAUGUAUUCAUUACUCCGUACUGUAGAACGGUAAAAGAAUUUGACUAUAUUUAUUUUUUCUAUCAAUUGAGGCAAAAAAAUGAAAUCUGGAGAUUUAGAAAUUUUGAAAUCUGGUGAUUUAAAUAAAAUAAAAAUAAUUUUGGACGAUUUCAAUAAAAAGUAUGAAAACUUAUUUGAGUUUACAGAGUUUAAUGUUGAUGAUAAAUGGAAAAAAAUAUGGAUUUCAUUAUUUACACUUUUAAGAGAACCAAAAAAUUCUGCUAUAUAUUUAGAAGUACUGACAUCAAUUAGAAUUUUAACUAGAGAUAAAAACAAUUUGAAUUCUAUAACUUUACAAAAAGAUCUAGAAAUUUUGUUAAACAUUGCAGAUUUGGGUCCAAAUAAUGUAACGAACAUGCGCAAAAGUUAUUCAGACGAAACAAUCAUAGCUUCUUUAAAAUGUAUUUGUAAUUUAGUAUUUCAAAAUACAGAAUGCCAAAAAUUGUGUCUUAAAAAUUCUGCGACAGAUGGUAUUUUACGUAGAGUACGAAGCCCUACAGCUCAUCAUCAUGAGAUUGAGUUCUUUGAUAUGAAAUUACUUUUUUUAAUAACAGCUCUCGAACAACAAACAAGGCAAAAAGUGAAAGACGAUCUUAAUGGUUUGACUUAUCUCACUGAAUGGUUGGACGUUAAAGUUAAAGAAACUAAGUCUGACAAGCAAUCAGAAUUAAUAAACGAAAUUUUAAAAGUUUUAUUUAACAUAACAGCGAAUAAUAAUUCAACAGACGAGAAUGUAACACUUCAUAAUAGAUUGAUAAUUGUGCUGAGAAAUAUUCUAUUUUCUUAUGCAGAUAUGGACUCUGAGAAAAAUAUUUUGGUUGUAAGUAAUACAGUUAAUUUGCUUACCAAUAUGCCUACAAGUUCGCUUUCGGAGCUUCUAAUUCGAGAGGAAAAAUGUAAUCAAAACGAAAAAGCUUAUGAAGGCCAAUGUGUCAAGAGUCUGGAAGUGCUUAUAGAACAUUUGAAAAUUUGUCUCAAAAGUGCGGAUAAGGAAAAAUUAGCUCCUAUGCUAUCUGUUCUAGUCAAAUGUGUAAGAUGUAACUCAACUAUGAGGCACUACAUACGAUCUGUAAUUCUUCCGCCUCUAACUCAUGUUAAUGAAAGGCCAGAAGUUGGUAAUGAUUUACGAAAUCAUUUAUGUAGGUUUUUGACAUCAGUUGAUACAAUAAUACGAGACUUAUCUGCUGAACUUUUAUUCGUAUGUUGCAAAGAAAACGUUGCAAGAAUGGUCAAGCACACUGGUUAUGGUAAUGCCGCCGGAUUAUUGGCAUCAAAAGGCGUAUUAGAUGGAAGAAAAAAAGAAAACACCGAAUAUUCAUCUGAUAGUGAAGAUAGUGAUACAGAAGAAUACAAAAGAGUAGCACAUAAUAUAAACCCGAUUUUAGGGUGUUACGAAUCGCCACGAAAGAAUCCUAUGGAAGGCAUGACUGAAGAACAGAAAGAAUAUGAGGCUAUGAAACUGGCAAAUCUUAUGGACCAAUUAUAUAGGCAAGGAAUUGUUCAACCAUGUAGAAUAAACGAAGAUGGAAAGCCGGAACCACUUGAACAUAUUUUACAACUUCAAGAAGAAUUGCCCAAACAGCAAAAUCAAAAUAAAAAUAAAAGUUAAGUGAUGGAAACACAUAGUUAAUAUACAUAAUUCUUGUAGUAUCC